AUUCAGUAAGCUCGGCUUGACGUGGCGUAGUUGCUUGGUUACGCAGGUGACGCUCGUGAUACUUUUUACAAGUCUGAAAUGGCACCCCUAAGGUUAAAACGGUCCAAAGUGUGGCUUCAUUUCACAUUACAUAAGGAUGGCAACAGGGCGUUUUGCAACCACUGCAAAUUGUUGAUAACAUCGGCGGGAGGGAAUACUUCAAAUAUGCAUAAACAUCUGCGCACACAACACGGGAUAAACUUUAACGAGUGUCGCGUUUUUGAUGCCCUUCGGAGUGACAGCAGCCAAGCUUCUACGACCACCGUGACCUUGGGGGCUAACACCGAAGGCAACUCUGGUGAUUUAGAACAAGAUGAUGACCGGGACGAGACGGGUAGUCUGGCUGACUCAGAGGCUAGCAGCACUUGCUCCCGUUUACCUCUGGCUUCUAUUUUCGUCGAGGCAGGCAGAAAUAAAAUGUCCCAGGCAAAGGUAGAAGAAUGUCACCGGGCAGUUACCAAAUUUGUUGUUAAGGGUUUGCACCCAUUUUCUACAGUAGACGCCCCUGAAUUUCGGGAGAUGACAAAGGUUCUCAAUCCAAAAUACAAAGCCCCCAGCAGGGAAAGCUUAACCAACCACUUAAUCCCUGCUUGGUAUGGUGUGGAAAAGGGAAAUGUGAUCUCUGAACUGAAAACAGUGUCAAAGGCAGCUAUCACGGCUGAUGGGUGGACAAGCUUUUGUCAGGAUCAUUAUCUCACGGUUACUCUGCACUACGUGAGCAAUGGCCAGGUAAAGGAAAAGGUCCUAAAAACCAAAGCCGUGUACCAAUCUCAGACAGGCUCAGCUGUAGCAGAGGAGAUUGAUUACAUUUUAGAAGAAUAUGGUGUACGGGAAAAGGUUGUGGCAGCAACUGUAGACAAUGCAGCGAACAUGGAUGUAGCCAUCAAACAGCUGCAAAUUGUCAAAUUUCCAUGCUUCGCUCAUACGCUGAACCUGGGAGCGCAAAAGCUGUACAACUGCACUGCCAUAUCCAAUUGGGCAGCACGAGUUCGAGCAGUUGUUGUCUGGAUGAAGAGGUCACACAUGGCAAAAGUUGUUCUUAAAGAGAAACAAGACUUGCUCAAGCUGCCCAAGCACAUGCUCCUCCUGGAUGUAAGGACCAGAUGGAAUUCCCUCUAUUUGAUGAUGGAGAGAUUCACCGAGCAGUUCCCUACUAUCCAGGCUGCAGCCAUAGAUCCACGCAUAAGAAGACCCAUGGAGAAGGAAAGGUUGGACAGAAUAGGCAACGAGGACUGA